UCCCUCUCCUCAGACGGGCGGCUGCCGAAUGGGAUGAGGUAGCUCGGGCUUGCUGCUGAUCGGAGGGAUGGGGGAAUGUUUUGGUUGCUCUUAAACACCGGAUGUACUGGGUCAAUGAACUGUUACUCCAAGAAGCAGAGCUGAGAGGACAAGCUGAGAAAACAUCAUUGCAAUGGCAAGCAGCAAUGCAGCUCCUUCCCCAAAAUCUCUAAUCUAAGGAAACAUGCACUUACUCAACUGCAACAAAGCAAUCUUGGUGGUUUUUUAAAUCCGUGAUAGUGACGUGGUCCAGCUUUCUCAGUGCCUGCUAAAAAAGACUUCUUUUAUACCUUUAAGAGAGACCAUAAGUCUGUCUUCCUCAGCAGGAUUUAAGAUCUUUCUGGACACUUCAGCCCUGCCCAUACACACACGACAAGAUGAUUGACCUAAGCUUCCUAACAGAGGAGGAACAAGAGGCAAUAAUGAAGGUGCUGCAACGGGACGCAGAGCUUAAAAAAGCUGAAGAAGAGAGAGUCAGGCACUUACCAGAAAAAGUCAAAGAUGAUGUUCAGCUGAAGAAUAUGAGUGGGCAAUGGUUUUAUGAAGCAAAGUCAAAAAGGCAUAGAGAUAAGAUCCACGGAGCAGAUAUUAUUAGAACUUCCAUGAGAAGGAAGCCUGCUACUCUUGCUGAAGUGAGUCAGAGCAAAUCAAACAAAGCAAAGGACAGCUGGGUGAGCAAUGUUAACAAAGAAGUCUUUGCACCGCCAGAACUACAUGGCAUUGUGGAACGUCAAGAAGAAGAAGAAGAACUGAAAUCUAGUUCAAGUUCUAACCCAGUGACCUCUUUGUUAGAAAAUCCAGAUAGAAGAUCUGUGAAGGCAGCAGCAUCAACAAUAAAACAAAGGAGAAAUCCAUUUAAUUCCACAUUAUCAAGUGAUAACUUGAACAGCGGAGAAUCAGAAAGCAGACAAGCCAUUCUACCUCAGCUAUCAAAUAAGGAUAUUGAAGAAAUUUUGUUACCUUCAGAGGAGAGCCAGUCGAAAGCAAACUUACUAAAUGAUGGAAUGGCGACAUCUAAGAAACCUUCUGAAGAACCUGCUGAGGAAUCACAGAAAGGACCAGUUGAGCAUCCCGUCCCCAAAGCUAGAAAAUUAGUUCACAAAGUAACCAAUCCUGUGCCACAGGGAGAAGACUUUUUUCCCAAACCAGCAAAACGGACCCAGGGGGUUAACGGCACUGGUGCACUGCCCAGGGGCAUUCUGAAGCGCAGUUCAAGUUCCAGUUCCACUGACUCAGAAGCUCGGGCUAAUCACAUGUUCGAUGUUCAGAGUAAGAACAGUAUUCCUACCAUAUCUAUUUUAGAAGGGGAAGCUGACAGGAAUUCUCUUGUGGAAGAAGCAGAAGAUUCCAUGCAAAUUUCACUGGAAAAAUUAAAACAAGUGAGGUUCUCUUCUAGCAUAGGAAAAGAAGAACCUUUGCAAAGCCCACGGCUACAUCAUGGAAGAGAAACACGAGAGUCUGAUUUGUUAAAAUCCGGUGAAGUGAAGACUAGUGAAAAUGAUGCUAAUAGAUCAGAUUCUUGUAAGAAUAAACAAACUUACACUGGAAAGCCUCUGGAAACCUAUUCAUCAUCUCUCCAAGUGAGAACAAUAGAUAGUUUACAAGAAGAUACGUCGGCAUCCAGUCCUAAUGGCACUAAUGAGUCAGUCUCCCUUGUUAAUCAAACACUGCAGACAAAGACCAUUACUCCUAAGAAACUUGAAACUCCAGAGAAGGCCUCCACCAAUAUUCUGCCAAAGAACAAAAAUGAACAGAAUGUUGACCAAACAUGUGAAAAUAACUCCAAGUCUUUGAGCCAUGAAUCAAAGUCUCUCAAAAACUUUACUGAUGAACAUCUGCUUUCUGCUGAGACAAAAACACAAGAACUGUCAGAUAUAAAUUCUGCAGGUCUUCAACAAGGUUCAGAAGAAGAGUUAAAUCCUGUUUUGAUGGCUUUGAAAAGGAGUGCAGAUAGGAAAAUGCCUUCCAAAAGUCUAGAGGACAUUCCAUCAGCUACCUCAAAUAAAGGAAAAAUAAAUAUUCCAAAGGAAGAAUUAGCUCUUAGUGCUGAAGAUGGUCUGAAACCUGAUCAGCAUCAAGUGAGGAAUGAAAAUGGAGCCGGAAUCUCCACAGUGCCUUCACAGCCUGAUAAGCCGUUUUCCAACCCUGAAAAUGUCAAAGGACUGAGCAAGUCAGUACCAUCAUUCCUACAGGAGGAGAGUGAUGAAAGAGAGACAGAUACAGCAUCAGAAAGCAGUUAUUCCUUUGGCAGAAUCAAGAAGAGUCCCAGCUCUCUAACCAAUCUUAGCGGUUCUUCUGGCAUGGCCUCCUUAUCCUCUGUGAGUGGAAGCUUAAUGAGUGUCUAUAGUGGAGACUUCGGCAGUGUCGAUGUGAAGGGGAACAUUCAGUUUGCUAUUGAUUACGUAGAACAACUGAACGAACUCCACAUUUUCAUUUGCCAAUGUAAAGACCUGGCAGUUGCAGAUGUCAAGAGACAGCGGUCAGACCCGUAUGUGAAGACCUACUUGCUUCCAGAGAAAUAUAAGCUGGGCAAACGGAAGACCUCAGUGAAAAAGAAAACUUUUAAUCCAGUCUUCAAUGAAAUACUGCGGUACAAAAUUGAGAAAGAUCUCCUAAAGAACCAAAGCCUUAAUAUCUCUGUCUGGCACAAUGAUACCUUUGGGAGGAAUAGCUUCCUUGGUGAAGUGGAGCUGGAUUUAGGAACUUGGGACUGGAAUGAUAAAUCCAACAAGCAGAUCAACUGGUUUCCACUCAAGCCUAGGACUUCAGCGAUGGCUUUUGAACUAGAAAACAGAGGGGAGAUGAAACUAGCCCUCCAGUAUGUUCCACAACCUGUUGGAGGAAAGAAGAUUCCGUCCACUGGUGAGGUCCACAUCUGGGUGAAGGAAUGCCGUGAUCUUCCUCUUCUGAGGGGCAACAGACUCAACUCUUUUAUUAAGUGUACAAUUCUUCCAGAUACCAGCAGAAAAAGUCGCCAGAAAACAAGAACGGUGUCAAAAACUACAAACCCAGUAUUCAACCAUACCAUGGUCUAUGAUGGCUUUAGACCAGAAGAUUUGAAAGAAGCCUGCGUAGAACUCACAGUCUGGGAUCACAACAAACUUGUCAACCAUUUUCUGGGAGGUCUCAGGAUAGGCCUUGGAACAGGCAAAAGUUAUGGAACUACAGUGGACUGGAUGGAUUCUACUUCAGACGAAUCUGCCCUGUGGGAGAAGAUGAUAAAGUCGCCCAACACAUGGGUGGAAGAUACACUACCUCUCAGGAUGCUUAUGGUUGCAAAACUGACAAAAUAAGGGCUUUCUGAUUGCUAGCAGCAAAAAGAAUUCUUGGGAAUGGAAUCAAAAGGUGUGGUGGUGAAGCUUGGAAGAGGAGCACAGUAGCUCCUUUUAUAGUCUGUGUUCUGUGGCUGUUCUGUUUCUCUGCUAUCAAGUGUCACUUCAUAUUUCAAGUUACACUUCUGCCUGCAGAUCUAUGCAAAUUUAAAGGGCUAGUUCUUCUUCACUGAAAAUAUACUCAAGUAAGAAUGCACCUAGCAAUUGAGAGGUAGAGGAGUCUGUGAUACCUGAAUGCUUGUGUUGCCUAAUUUAAGUGUUGCUUAUUCCUUAAAUCUAAAUUGCUGGCCAAAAAAACAAAAGGAAAAGCAAGUAAACUUGGCACUUCCUGGAUUGUUUGUGAAGUGUUUUAACUCAUUAGCAACAGGUGGCAUUUUGUUCAUGCUUCUCAGCAUCCCUCUACAGCUGAAUCCUCAUUAUGCUACAUUGGAUCUCUCCAGCAAGGACUGUGCAGAAUGCUUUUUUUUAAAUAAGUCCCUUUACCUGUGGUUGUACUUUUAUAUGGUAUAAAGUUGCUUCUAUAACGGAAGAAGCACUACAUGAAGUGGACCUGUUGACAUCUUAUUCUGCAAGGUGCAGAGGACUCUUAAUUCCAGUUUACUAGGAAAAACUAAGUUUAUAAAGUUUGCUUAUACAUUUGUUCAUCACCUUGCUAAUAAAUCAACAUUACUUUUAAAUAUU